UGUCAAAGUCCAGCGGGUCCUGACUUUGCUCCCUCCCAACUCUGAGCGGGGAGAAAGGGAUCGAGGGGAGGCGGGUGGGUAUAAGCAACUGGCCACUAUGGCUGAGACCAGGGAAAGCCGUCAAUUUGACCAACUCAACAAGGAGAUCGAUUUGGUGAACAGAGACCCCAAACAGCUCAGUGAUGGAAUUGUCAAAGUGGAGUUUGAGGAGGCUGUAGCUGAGCCGGAUGGAUCCUACAGUUUCCCCUCGGUGUGGAGUCUCAGUCGGAGAGCCUUCACGGUCUCGGGUUACUGGAGUUACAGGGUGCUGACUGCCCUGUGCGGGGUGCCCAUGGCCGUGCUCUGGGGAUUCCUGUACGCCUGCAUCUCCUUCGCCCAGGUCUGGACGGCCGUGCCAUGUGUCCGCUGCUUCCUGCUGGAGAUGGAGUGUCUGGCAGUCACCUUCCCGGUCUGCAUCCGAGCAAUCUGUGACCCCUUCUUCCACGCUGCGGGGGGACUGCUGCUCAGUAUACGCCUGGCACUCAGGAAGGAGCCCUAGCAGCUAUUCACCAACCCCCUCCACACCCCCAAAACAACAGCAGCGACAGACUCAUCACGCACAUCGGCGCUGGAAUACACGGACUACACUCCCUCCAAAAGGAAUCGGUCCCCUGGCCCGUAUCUCGCAGUAUCCCACACCUCCCAGGACGAUAUCUGUACACUGAUUGGUGUCUCUUAGACCCCUCUGUCUCAGGGAGAUGUCUGUACACUGACUGGUGUCUCUCAGUCCCCUCUCUCUCAGGGAGAUAUCUGUACACUGACUGGUGUCUCUCAGUCCCCUCUCUCUCUCUCUCUCUCUCAGGGAGAUAUCCGUACACUGACUGGUGUCUCUCAGUCCCCUCUCUCUCUCUCUCAGGGAGAUAUCCGUACACUGACUGGUGUCUCUCAGUCCCCUCUCUCUCUCUCUCUCUCAGGGAGAUGUCUGUACCCUGACUGGUGUCUCUCAGUCCCCUCUCUCUCAGGGAGAUAUCUGUACACUGACUGGUGUCUCUCAGUCCUCUCAGUGAGAUAUCUGUACACUGACUGGUGUCUCUCAGUCCCCUCUCUCUCAGGGAGAUAUCUGUACACUGACUGGUGUCUCUCAGUCCCCUCUCUCUCAGGGAGAUAUCUGUACACUGACUGGUGUCUCUCAGUCCUCUCUCUCAGUGAGAUAUCUGUACACUGACUGGUGUCUCUCAGUCCCCUCUCUCUCAGGGAGAUAUCUGUACACUGACUGGUGUCUCUCAGUUCCCUCUCCCUCUUUCAGGGAGAUAUCUGUACACUGACUGGUGUCUCUCAGUCCCCUCUCUCUCUCAGGGAGAUAUCCGUACACUGACUGGUGUCUCUCAGUCCUCUCUCAGGGAGAUAUCUGUACACUGACUGGUGUCUCUCAAUCCCCUCUCUCUCAGGGAGAUAUCUGUACACCCACUGGUGUCUCUCAGUUCCCUCUCUCUCUCUCUCUCUCUCUCUCUCAGGGAGAUAUCUGUACACUGACUGGUGUCUCUCAGUCCCCUUUCUCUCUCAGGGAGAUAUCUGUGCACUGACUGGUGUCUCUCAGACCCCCUCUCUCUCUCAGGGAGAUAUUUGUACACUGACUGGUGUCUCUCAGUCCCCUCUCUCUCUCAGGGAGAUAUCUGUACACUGACUGGUGUCUCUCAGUCCCCUCUCUCUCAGGGAGUUAUCUGUACACUGACUGGUGUCUCUCAGUCCCCUCUCUCUCAGGGAGUUAUCUGUACACUGACUGGUGUCUCUCAGUCCCCUCUCACUCUCAGGGAGAUAUCUGUACACUGACUGGUGUCUCUCAGUCCCCCCCCCUCUCUCUCUCAGGGAGAUAUCUGUACACUGACUGGUGUCUCUCAGUUCCCUCUCCCACUCUCAGGGAGAUAUCUGUACACUGACUGGUGUCUCUCAGUUCCCUCUCCCUCUCUCUGAGGGAGAUAUCUGUACACUGACUGGUGUCUCUCAAUCCCCUUUCUCUCUCAGGGAGAUAUUUGUACACUGACUGGUGUCUCUCAGUCCCCCCUCUCUCUCUCUCAGGGAGAUAUCUGGACACUGACUGGUGUCUCUCAGUCCCCUCUCUCUCUCUGUCAGGGAGAUAUCUGCACACUGACUGGUGUCUCUCAGUUCCCUCUCUCAGGGAGAUAUCUGUACACUGACUGGUGUCUCUCAGUCCCCCCUCUCUCUCAGGGAGAUAUUUGUACACUGACUGGUGACUCUCAGUCCCCCCUCUCUCUCAGGGAGAUAUCUGUACACUGACUGGUGUCUCUCAGUCCCCCCUCUCUCUCAGGGAGAUAUUUGUACACUGACUGGUGUCUCUCAGUCCCCUCUCUCUCAGGGAGAUAUCUGUACACUGACUGGUGUCUCUCAGUCCCCUCUCUCCCUCAGGGAGAUAUCUGUACACUGACGGGGGUCUCUCAGUCCCCUCUCUCUCUCUCAGGGAGAUAUCUGUACACUGACUGGUGUCUCUCAGUCCCCCUCUCUCUCUCAGGGAGAUAUCUGUACACUGACUGGUGUCUCUCAGUUCCCUCUCCCUCUCAGGGAGAUAUCUGUACACUGACUGGUGUCUCUCAGUCCUCUCUCUCUCAGGGAGAUAUCUGUACACUGACUGGUGUCUCUCAGUCCCCCCUCUCUCUCUCAGGGAGAUAUCUGUACACUGACUGGUGUCUCUCAGACCCCUCUCUUCGAAAAUAAAAUAGCCAUCUCUCUGCAAACUAUAUCUUUAUUU